UCGUCAUCUGCCAGUAACGCAACCAGCUCCGAGAAACUUGCAACCUCGCUUGUCUCGAGUCUGAAACGACUGGCUGGACGUUCAUCUGUGACCAUGAAGUUUUUCGAAAGUGUCUUCACGUACGACUACUCCUUCCCGGCGGUAACCCUCGCCUACUUCCUUCGCUAUCCCAAUCCGUACUCUCGCCAUGUCCUCACGACCGAUGUCAUUGACCGCUUUGUCGACCCUAAUACCCAACGGCUCCAUACCACUCGCUUACACAUAAAGAAAUCAAAAGUCCCAUCGGCCAUUCUCAAAUUACUUCCCAAGGGCAUAGGGGGAUCGGACAAUUCCGGACAGAGCUGCAUCCUCGAAACUACGGUGGUUGACCCCCGGGAAGGGUGGAUGAAGUCGGAGUCUCGCAAUAUUGAAUGGACGGGUAUCCUCAGUGUUGUUGAGAAACAAGUCUAUCAGCGUCAUUCUGCCGAGGACGUUGACUACAGCCUGAAUGGACUGGCAAUUGAUAGUGCAAAGAACGAGCAGACGACCGUCAGAACCACGGUCACUUUCGUCUCCCGGUUCGGACAAGGAAAGCUCUUCAAAGGCAAGAAAAGGGCCAAGUCGAGUGAUGAUCAAGUAGCGGACGUGGAAGAGGAAGCUCCCAAGAAGGGAUUUUUCACGUCCCUGUCGACUACUGGGAUCCAGCGGACGAUUGAGCUUAUUGGCGUGAAGCGCACGCGGGAAGCUGUCCUUCGAAGCAAGCAGGGCAUGCAUGUCGUUCUAGAAAGAUUGCGGCAUGGCGGCAUCGUGGGCGUCCUCGAAGGAAUGCGGCAGGACCGGGAGGCGGCCUUUGGACCGGAAGGCCCUUGGAAGCGUGUCUGGCUUCAAGGCAAUGGUCUUAAGGAACACGCUCAUCUGGAAGAUGACGACCACUAAAUUCUCUUUCCUUUUUGUCGUUUAAUGGCUUGGCAUCGCUGGGGACAGCAGGAAGCCUCUCGACUACGCUUGUAACUUUCAUUCCAGCGUCGGAGCUUUGGCGUUUGCAAGGGGAUUUACUUUUUAUUCAUCUCUUCUUCGUGAUUCGACGACACCCCGAUCACUUGAUGAAUUUAGUGCUUGUGGACUCAAUUUUGAAGAAAAACAAAACAAAAAAAAGGAACAAGGAAAACUGUAUUUCUAUGUGGAACGGGUUAAAAAAUGGGGAAACCAGGAAAAUAACUUUUUUUUUUGUCAGGGGGGAAGGUGUGACGGCGAUUGAUCUCUCCUCACUCAUUUUUGGGAGGCCUAAGGCGGCCGAUGUACAAUGCAGCUCUCGUGUCUUUUCUAACUUUCGGUAUCUACUACGUUAAUACUAGUAUGAUAUAUUGUUUGGAGCUCAUAUGUGGACGAGCGUACAUAGAUUAAUAGUAGAUACUAUGCACUAGGCUCCCUGGCCCAGAGUGGAAUCGGUUGGGCUGAGAACGGACAUGAAACAUGCGUGGAAUACGAAGGGAGGCACCGAUAUCUAGUUACCUAGUUAGAACACACCUAUGAUAGCACAGAGUCGCGAGGCGGCGGCUCUCAACACGAUCUGAGAGCGCCUUCAGCAAAACCGGGCGGAACUGGAAGAUUCUGGUUCCUCCGUAUGUGGAAGCAGUUCGGCCAUGAUUCAGAAAAAGGGGCCUAUGGCUCUAUCCGAGAAACAGCGGAAGUGACAAGCGAGUAGUAGUUCCACCGUAUCGAGUCACACUACACUAGGUGUGUGAUCCAGUUGAACUGUCCGUGACUCCCUUCAUAAUAAUAAUCGCUGGUUAUCAAUAACGUGACAAGGACGAUGAAUGCAGGAGGCACUUGCGCUCGCAGUGUGUAGUAUGAUUAGGGACUUGACUGGAAUGACUUCAUAAUGCCGCACGAGCACAGGCGAACUGUUUU